AUGGGCAUCUAUCCUGGGGGCAAGAGUACACGCAUAGACUCUCCUCGCCAUCUGACAAUACGGCAUUCUCGCCGUAUCGUCGCUGCCAAUCGCCCUGAGUCCCGUCUCAGCGCCACUCAAUCUGUGACCGUCCUCGCAGACGGCAAAGUCGUCGAGGAUGAGAUUGAUCCAUUGCCCCCAGGCGAACAAAAGCUCAAUUCAUUCUGGGCCCCAGGCAUUGAAGCGGGCCCCAAGCACAUCAUCUCUGUGAAGCAAAACAUUAAGGCAAACGGGGAUGAGCUCAACUUGGAGGCAGAGCAGCCUUUCUACGUUGAUGCACCGCAAUUUUCUCUCCCUGAUGGCAGCAUUCACUCUACAUAUCCUCCAGCGGGGUACAGUGAUGAUCAUAGGAUCUUGCCGCAUGUCGUCUUGACGGAUCCGCAUCUCCCGUGGGAGAGACUGGGGAGCCCAAAGGGCGGGAGCAACAAGGCUCUCAAGGCGCAGAUGAAUAGAGUGGCCUUGGGCGCGGAGAAAGCUAGCAACAUACCGCGCAAUCGUGUUUCGUGGCUUGUCGUUCUUGCAUUCGCCCAAGAUGAACUUCGUCUGCCCCCGGAGGAUCUUGAUGGCUCAGGCAGUCUGUUCAGCAAUACCAGUGAUGGUGUUCUCAAACCGGUCAAGCAAUCGUCCACAAUGACGGUCAACAUGAGCAUCGACGACUUGUGGAAGUUAAAGUCCGAGGUUACGACGCCCGUCACGAGUAGCCUUGGUCCAGCUUCUAUGAAGAAUAGCCGUGGAGACUUCAUCUUUGUGCAUCCAGAGCUGUUCACCAGCCUUUUCUCGACCUUUGAUGACAAAGGCAAUCGCGUCAAGGGCAGUGGACCAGAUACAUCCCAGUAUAAGUAUCUUUCCCACGUGCGCAAGAUCAACGGCUCUGGCAUGGCUCUCGCUGGUGUUGAGGACACAGCUGUCUUUAGCAUCGUCGUCGGCAACAGAUCUGGGCCACUUGACAAUGUCAUUCCGACCACCAUGUGCGCACAUCUCGUCUCUAUUGAAGGCGUGGAAGCCAUGAGCUAUCCGAGCCAGGACCACCGAUACGUGGCGCUCUGCUCUUUGUACAGCUGGAACUACACAGUACUGCCACCAAAUACACUCAAUGUUCCAGAUGCUUUUGAGAACCUUGGUCGCACACUAAGCGUGUUACGGGCUCCAGAUGAAAUUAUAGCCCCUCUCAAAGCAUCUAACGACAAGUCCCAACAACUUGUUGGUCGUCGUCUGAGCGAUGGGUAUACCUUGGUCAAAUACCGCGUUCAGACAGGCGAGGCAACUGUGGCGCUCUAUCGAGGCCCAUUUACUCCCACGUACGUGCCUACCUUGGAUCAUUUGACCAAGUGCUCAACCUCGGGUGUGGACUUGAAGAUCCUUGAUAAGAAUUUAGGCAUAAUGGAUGUGACAUACUCUGUCGCCUGGCAGGUUGGCCGUACUAUGGCCCUCGGCGAUCAAGCAUUUGUCGCGGCGCUGGGACGUGUCAGAACUGCGGUACAUGCCGCCGCAGCGAAACAUGUCAAGAUCAAUGCUGUGAAAGAUGUCAAGGAUAUUGCAUUUCGUACUCGCGACGAUCUCCUGCAGGACCUCGCGUCCAUGGUGAAGGGUCUUGCUGACAUCCAUCUCCAAAAACGUGGUUCGGAGCCUCAAGUGCCCGGGGAUGCUCCUGAUAGAAGACACCCUGGCAUUCCCAGGUUCAGACAUGGAGGGGCCAAGAAGCGAUGGCACCACAAGAAGCUCCAACGUCGUGAUCGACCAACACUCUCAUUCGAGUCUCCUCUCUUUCAGGACAAGUACCCAGCUGCUGCGCUCGACUCUGUUCGCAAACUGGCUGCAAGUCGAUCCGGUGACCCAUACGAUGAGACCAAUGAUCCGCAGUCCUCAGACUGGAUGACUGUGCUCUCGUGGCUGAUUGACCGUAUGUUUCUCGUGGGUGUGCCAGCGCACUGUCUUAUACCUGAUCCAAGUUACCUGCAGGAAGAGAACCUGCGCUUCUUCCAUAUCGACAAGAACUGGGUCGACGCUCUGAUUGAUGGCGCUCUAUCCCUCGGUAACCAUUUCGGUACUGAUGAGGAUCGAGUCGCUAUCAAGAAAGCACUCAAUGACUACAUCGGUCGCACGCCAGAUGGGAUGGCCCAUCGUGUCCAGAUUCCUGCUUACGGUUUCUAUCUCCGCUCAGACCUGGUGACAAUGUUCCCAGAUCUUCGCGUCGAGGUCUUACCCGAUGAUAGCGCCCUCAGAGCUGCUAGCCAAGAUCCUCCUGCCGGGGCACCACUUCUACGACAUGAGAUUGUCGCAGAUGGUGUUAUGAUGGCAUUCAUGGACCGAGUCCCUGGCUCUGCGCAGUUUUCAUCUCUUGUGUUUACACAGCCGGCUCAUCAGCAGCGGUUCGCUGUUGCUCGUGGUCUAAACACUGAGGAGAUCAAGGUCGAUAUCAGACGGCAGUAUACGGUUGACCAGGCCACCAGAGAGACAGACAAGGACAGACACAAGGCGCUCAAAGAAGUUACAUACAGUCCAACCACAGAAAAGAACAUCUUCACGUGGAACUCUAUCCGCGGUCAAAGUCUCAAUGACUUGCGUAUACUACGCCUGCCCGCCUUUGCAGACCUGCAGCUCGAAGUGUUGCGGGAUAAGAUGGGGAAGCCAGAGGGAUCUGGUAUAUCUUACUUUGUGGAUGACACUUCGACUUCUGCACUGUUUGCUAUGCAGCUCAAUGAUCCUAUUUAUAACUUGACCAUCAACAUGGCUGACCGUGCUAUGGCCGUGCAGGCGAUAGCAGACCUGGCUCCCCCAGACAUGGGAGACGGAAGCCCGGAGCUGAGAACUAUCAACAUGAUGGAGGCUGUUAGGCUCAAAAAGCUUUCUGUCCCAGGUGCAGACGUCUCUGCAGCGCCAGUUGGGAAUGAGCCACAUGAUGAGGAUGAUUACAACGAUACAGGUCGUGAGGAUAGCUUCACGAGAGCUGAAGACUAUAUUUCUCCGCUGGAUAUUGUCUCGAACUACCUCUCACCUCAUGUUCGAGCGAUGCCGCUUCAUCGAGGGCAAGAUGUCAUUGAUACAGACAACAGCCCCUCCAUCACCCAUGGGAGCGAAGUUGGGCCCCGCCACUUCAAAGACAAGCCAUCUGGUUCUGAGCCAGCAUCAGCACCUAGAUUUCUGAUGCGAGUCAGCAGCAACCAGGCUGGCAUCGGCAAUAAGAGCCAGAUCGUUCUCGACAGAUGGAAUCUUCCCCAGGACCUCAUCUUCUCUAUCGUCCUGAAGCAGAGCGAGAUCAAUCAGUACCUCCUCAUGGAAGUCACUAUUGACAUCACAUUGGGCUCACCCAACGAUGCUACCUAUGCUUUGAUGUCGAAUUACACGGGACCUGGCGCACACAUGUUGACCAAUCUACGCUUCAAUGUGAUUCCAACGACGUUUUAUGAUCAGAACCAGAACAGGUACUACUUGCGUAUUCGCCUACUGCCUAGAGCUGAGAAGGGUUGGGUCAUGGCGCCGGCUGUGCCUGAGCUGAGCUUUCUGCUUGGCUUGGCCAGUAUCAAUCCUCCUGCUGGAACUAAAACUGCGGUUAUUCGGUCUCGGGCGAGAUAUUGUAGAAAUCCUGCGCUCGACCUAGUGGAGCCUAAUGUGAUGAUAGUGCAGAAUCCUGAUCUGUCUGUUGAAGUAGUUAAGCAUUAG